CCUAGCGACUGAUACGUAAAACACAGUGGCAGUGAAAAUUGCUCCUUGAACUUUCAUUUUUUGAGAAAAUGUGUUAAUUUUGAAGAAAUGGCUGUGUCUCUGUGUGGAAAACGUGCCCUCCUCACUCGGGCACAAAACUAUGUGUGCCCCAAGAGGUUUGGCUACAUUGUUCUAGUCCCGGAAAUCGGUGAGGAUUUGCCGGAGAAGAAUCCCCUACAAAGAGAAGAUGGUCUGCUGGAGUUUGGUACAGUGACAGUGGAGAAAUGCGUUUCAGUUAUUGGCAAACAGGCGGUAGAUGUUGAGAAGCAGGUGAAGGAAUUGGAUGGACAGUUGGAGGCCAAGGAAGUGAGUGAUGUCUUCAGGGAAGUUGUUGAUCCCUUGGAGCACAUUGGAGCUCCACUGGAGACUACAUGGGGUCUCGCAAAGACACUGUAUUUGGGGAAUAGUGUCCUGAUGCCCACGAAGAGUUACAUAACAAUCCAUGAGAGGGCCAGAAGAGCCCGGAUGGCCAAAUUCUCCAGUCCCAGCAUCUACAAGGCCAUCAAGGAAGCCCAGCUCAAAGGAAGUGAAACCCUAACGGAAGAACAGAAGAGGAUUGUUCAGAAGUAUCUUCUGGAGGGAAAAUUGAAUGGACUUGAACUGAAGGAGGAUCAAAAACUUCGCCUGAAUCAUGUCCUCAGCAAAUUGGGCAAUGAGAGAUCAAAAUUCCGCCAAAAAGUCGAUAUGUCCACGAAGCAAUUUAACCAUGUGAUUGAAGAUUACGGCUUAGUGAGGGAUUUCCCACCGGAAGUGCUUCAGAUGUUUGCCAAGGAUCCCACACAGCCCACCAAGGGUCCCUGGCUGGUCACCCUGCAGCCCCAUGUGGCCGCAAACUUCCUUGAAUACUGCCCAGAUCGUACAAUGCGCUGGAAUUUGUGGCAAGCACAGACCAGGCGCUCCUCUAACUUCGGCGAGAAAUCCCUGGAGACCAGCACGCACAUCGAGGAGAUUCGGUUCUUGCGCAGAGAUCAAGCCAAAAUUCUCGGCUACGAUAGCUUUGUGGACAUGUCCAUGGAGACGAAGAUGGCUGGCAGCAGGAAGAGUGUCAGUAAGAUGCUGGAAGCUCUCAGGGAAAAAGCCAAGCCAGCGCAGGAUGCUGAACUGAAGUCUCUGCAGGAGUAUGCCGGGCAGUUUGGAUUCAAGGGUCAAUUGGAAGCCCAUGACAUCCCAUACUACAGACGGAAGCAACUAAAGGCUCUGCAUCAUUACGAUGAAGAAAUAAUCAGGGAGUACUUUCCACUGCCGAAAGUCCUCACUGGAAUGCUAGAGCUGUGUGAACGAAUGUUCCAAAUCAGAAUUGUGGAGCGUCCUGGAGUGGACACAUGGCAUGAAGAUGUGCGGUACUUCGAUGUGCUCGAUGAAGAGCAGCCCGUGGCGGGUUUCUAUCUGGAUCUGUACACGCGUGAAGAUGUCAAGAUGCAGAUGAAGGAUAAUUUUGGCUGGACUGUUGGCAUUAGGAAUCGCAGUUCAGUGACCAAGACGAAUCCUCUGUCUGCGCUUAUUUUUAAUUUUCCUUCGCCAAUUUAUGGGAAACCAUCUCUGUUGUCCUUUGACGAUGUAGUGAUGCUAUUUCAGAGAUUUGGCUAUGCUCUGCAGCAUUUGCUGACCAAGGUGAAUUAUUCCGAAGUGGCUGGAGUGUCAAAUAUUGAAUGGGAUGCUGUAGAAGUUGCCAGUCAUGUUAUGGCUCACUUCCUGUACAAUCCGACAACGCUGAAGGAGAUUUCAUCGCAUUAUGCCACUGAAGAUCCCCUAACGGAUGCCAUGGUGAAGAGUAUUCAGGCUUCCCGGACGCAUCUGGCGGGAUAUGAUCUGUGUCAGGAACUGUAUUUUUCAGCUCUGGACAUGGAGCUGCAUGCAAGGAAGGAUUUCUGGGUGGAUGUUAUGCGAGAACUCUGGCCGAGGUAUAUGACACUGCCGUUGGAGAAGAAGGAUGCUCAUCCAUGUUCCUUUACUCCCAUAUUUUCUGGAGACUGGGCAGCUGCAUAUUUCAGUCAUGUGUGGUCCCAGGUGAUUGCUGCUGAUGUCUAUUCGGCCUUCCAUGAAGCCUCGAGCAAUCCAGAGGCUCUGGCUGCUGUUGGAAGGCGCUUCAGGGAUACUUUCUUGGCCAUGGGAGGUGCAUGUGCUCCAGCAGAAGUCUUCAGACGUUUCCGUGGAAGAGAUCCCUCGCCCAAGGCACUGAUUUCUGUGCUGGGACUCAAGAAGUUCAAAGGGGGUGGCGAGGAGAGUGGCAAAAAGUAAUCCCAUAUCUAGCUUCCUAGCUCAUUAUGCAUUUUUCCCGUUUUCAUGUUGGAAAUUGUAAGUUUCCCCAAUAAAAUUUUAUGGUUAUGAAAAA